CCUUCAAUCCACCAACAAAGCUAAUCAGAAGUAAAGAGAAUUUCUUUAGUUCUCUGCAAAACAAAUACUGCUCUCUACCUUUCUUUCCCAAAAAAAAUUAAAUAGAAAAAAAAAGAAAAGGAUUAAAAGGGAAUUCUCGAAAAGAAUUACAGAUUUUGUUUUGUUCCCUUUUUCUUUUAUGGGUUCUAGGGGGUGGAUGAAGUAGAAGGAGAUAUUUUAUCUCGAAGAUCUGAUAUUCGUGUUCUGCGCUAUUGAAGUGCAAACAUGUCUCAGACCAACUGGGAAGCUGAUAAAAUGUUGGAUGUCUAUAUUCACGAUUAUCUUGUGAAGAGAGAUCUAAAGGCCACUGCUCAGGCUUUUCAAGCCGAAGGGAAAGUCUCGUCGGAUCCCGUUGCUAUAGAUGCUCCUGGUGGUUUUCUAUUUGAAUGGUGGUCCGUUUUUUGGGAUAUCUUUAUUGCGAGAACGAACGAGAAGCACUCUGAAGUUGCCGCUUCUUACAUUGAGACUCAGUUAAUGAAGGCAAGGGAACAACAACAACAACAACAGCAGCCGACACAAUCACAGCAUCCUCAGCAACAACAACAAUUACAAAUGCAGCAACUUUUAUUACGACAACAACAACAGCAGCAACAACAGCAGCAGCAGCAGCAACAACAUCAGCAGCAACAACAACAGCAACAACAGCAUCAGCAACAACAACACCAACAAAAUCAGCAACAAAAUCAGCAACAACAACAUCAGCAACAACAACAGCAGCAGCAGCAGCAGCAACAACAACAGGCGCACCAGCAACAACAGCAACAGCAACAAAGGCGUGAGGGUGGACACCUUCUCAACGGUUCAUCUAACGGGAUUGUCGGUAAUGAUCCGCUCAUGAGACAAAAUCCCGGUACUGCUAAUGCAUUAGCGACAAAGAUGUAUGAAGAGAAUUUGAAGCCACCCGUUCAGAGGGAUUCUUUGGACGAUGCUGCUUUGAAGCAAAGAUUCGGCGAUAACGUGGGCCAGCUUUUGGAUCAAAAUCAUGCUUCGAUUUUGAAAUCAGCUGCUUCAGCUGGCCAGCCGUCUGGACAAAUGUUGCACGGUACAGCUGGUGGAAUGUCUCCGCAAGUUCAAGCACGGAGUCAACAGUUUCAAGGCUCUUCACCGGAAAUCAAAACCGAAAUGAACCCGAUCCUGAAUCCAAGAGCCGCUGGUCCCGAAGGAUCACUAAUUGGGAUUCCUGGGUCAAAUCAAGGUGGGAAUAACCUGACAUUGAAAGGAUGGCCUCUAACAGGUUUCGAUCAGCUUCGAUCGGGGCUUCUCCAGCAGCCGAAGUCGUUCAUGCAGGCCCCACAACCCUUUCAUCAACUACAAGUUCUGACACCUCAGCACCAGCAGCAGCUUAUGCUCGCUCAACAGAGCUUGACUUCUCCAUCGGCAAACGACGCAGAGAGCAGGAGACUAAGAAUGCUUUUCAAUAAUCGAAGCUUGUCAAUGGGAAAAGACGGCCUUUCCAAUUCUGUCGGUGAUGUUGUUCCUAAUAUCGGUUCCCCCUUGCAAGCUGGCGUCUUGCCUCGUGCAGAUCCAGAAAUGUUAAUAAAGUUGAAAUUUGCUCAAAUGCAGCAGCAGCAACAGCAGCAGAGCAAUAAUCAGGCGCAGCAGCAGCUUCAACAUCAUGCUCUGUCUAGUCAGCAGCCACAGAGUUCGAAUCAUAAUCUCCAGCAAGAUAAAAUUAUGGGUCCCGGUGGUGUGGCCGGUGAUGGCAGCAUGUCGAAUUCGUAUAGAGGAAAUGAUCAGGCUUCAAAAAACCAGACCGGGAGAAAGAGAAAGCAGCCCGUUUCAUCUUCGGGCCCCGCUAAUAGCUCAGGAACAGCCAACACAGCGGGCCCCUCUCCAAGUUCAGCUCCAUCGACACCUUCGACACAUACGCCUGGAGAUGUGAUGUCAUCAAUGCCAGCUUUGCCACAAGGUGCCAGCUCAUCAAAACCGAUGAUGAUGUUUGGAGCUGAUAACACUGGUACUCUUACAUCACCAUCGAACCAAUUGUGGGAUGAUAAAGAUCUAGGGCAAGCGGAUAUGGAUCGAUUUGUGGACGAUGUUGAAGACAAUGUGGAAUCGUUUUUAUCGCAUGACGAUGCUGACCCUCGUGAUUCAGUCGGCCGGUGUAUGGAUGUAAGCAAAGGGUUUACGUUUACGGAAGUAAGUUCUGUUCGAGCUAGUGGGUUUAAAGUUGCGUGUUGCCACUUCUCGCCCGAUGGGAAGCUUCUUGCGAGUGGCGGACAUGACAAAAAGGCGGUUUUGUGGUACGCUGACAGUUUGAAGCCGAAGACUACGCUCGAGGAACACUCUUCUCUUAUCACUGACGUUCGUUUCAGUCCUAGCAUGGCCCGCCUUGCCACAUCAUCCUUUGACAAGACCGUCAGAGUCUGGGAUGCGGAUAAUCCUAGCUAUUCACUUCGUACCUUUACCGGACAUUCUGCUGGUGUGAUGUCAUUGGACUUCCACCCAAACAAAGAUGACCUCAUCUGCUCAUGUGAUGGGGACGGUGAAAUAAGAUACUGGAGCAUAAAUAACGGGAGCUGCGCCAGAGUUUUCAAGGGUGGGACCGCCCAAGUGAGAUUCCAACCUCGUCUUGGAAGAUACCUCGCAGCUGCUGCAGAGAAUGUCGUCUCGAUUCUUGAUGCAGAGACACAGGCUUGCAGACAUUCGUUAAAGGGUCACACGAAACCAAUUACUUCUAUUUGCUGGGACCCGUCUGGAGAGCUGUUGGCAUCGGUUAGUGAGGAUUCAGUGAGAGUAUGGACUAUGAGAUCUGGUAGUGAAGGGGACUGUUUGCACGAGCUUAGUUGUAAUGGAAAUAAAUUCCAUUCUUGCGUUUUUCACCCGACAUAUUCUUCGUUGCUCGUUAUUGGUUGUUAUCAGUCGCUUGAGCUGUGGAACAUGACUGAGAACAAAACAAUGACCCUUUCGGCACAUGAAGGAUUGAUUGCUUCGUUGGCUGUAUCGACAGUGGCUGGAUUGGUUGCUUCGGCCAGUCACGAUAAAAUUGUUAAAUUAUGGAAAUGAUUUUUAGGCCCAAAACGAAGAAGAAAAAAAAAAUUAUAUUUUGCUGUUCUGUGUUAUUUGUCUUGAGUUUCGUUGAAACAUCAAGAGAGCUUGGAACUAACUGCUACUAGUGUUUGUGAGUUGAUUUCGUAGCCCUACGAUGGACAUUUUUUUUUUUUUUUUUUUACUUGUUUAAUUGGUUUUAAGUUGUACUAAUUUGCAGGAUUUUUAUCGGACGAUGUUAAUGUGGACUUGUUCUAACCUGGAAAAAAACACCCGGAACUUUUCAACUGUUGAUGCCUGUUUUUGAAUUAGGAGUUUUUCCUCCUUGGGUGUUGUUUGUUGUACUAUUAUUGAUAUAAAUACUAUUGUUUUGUUCA